AUGUCUAGGCCCGAACUGCAAGCACCGCCAGAGAUUUAUUAUGGUGACACAGAGGCCAAAAAGUACACCAAUAAUACCCGUGUCCAACAAAUUCAAGCUGACAUGACAUAUCGUGCACUUGAACUGCUCAAUCUUCCGCCGGAUGAGCCAGCUUUCCUCCUGGACAUCGGCUGUGGCUCUGGCCUUUCAGGAGAGAUCCUAGACGAGGAAGGGUAUAUCUGGACCGGAGUUGAUAUCGCCCCAAGCAUGCUAGAAAUCGCGCUCGAGCGAGAAGUCGAAGGGGACCUGUUCCUACAAGACAUUGGACAGGGCUUUGGAUUUCGCCCAGGUAGCUUUGACGGCGCCAUCAGUAUAUCAGUCAUCCAAUGGCUCUUGAAUGCGGAGACAUCACACCCAACAUCAUCUCCCCCGCAUCGAUUAACGCGCUUUUUCACGACCCUACACUCCGCUCUACGCAAUCCUUCCCGUGCCGUGCUUCAGUUUUACCCUACCUCCGAUGAUCAAGUGCAAUUGAUCACUUCCAUCGCCCAAAAAGCUGGUUUCGGCGGUGGUGUCGUGGUUGAUUAUCCCAACUCAAAGAAAGCCAGGAAGGUAUUCCUAUGUUUGUUUGUUGGAGGCGGAGGGGCUUCACAGGUACCGAAGGGACUUGAUGUUGGAGAUGGUGUGGGCGAGGAAGAUGAUUCAAAAGCGAAGUUUGAGAAGAGACGGCAGAGGGAGAUGAAAAGGGCGAAGAGCGGAAAGACGAAAAAAGUGUUAGGCAAAGAAUGGAUACUAAAGAAAAAAGAGUUGUACCGGAGGCGCGGGAAAGAGGACGUGCCUCGCGAUUCAAAAUACACAGGUCGGAAGCGGAAGACAAUAUUCUGA